UGAUUGGCUAUCGCGUUGCAAAGCUCGCCAUGCGCGUGCGCGAUUGGCGACUCUCGGUAGCUAAGCGAGCGACGUGUGUGAGUGGAGAGACAUUCUUACGUGGUGUGUGUGUGUAAAGUUAGCCGGCAGUAGCCAGCAGUUCAUCUGCAUUUUUGAAAGACUGCAGAAAGAGGGUCUCAACGCUGAGGAGAUAUCCGAGCUGCAGCGGGAAAUUUAUAAAACGAAGCGACGUAGACGAUGUUAUGUCGCAGCAAAGAUUAAUCGACGGGAAGGUAAUUGAAUGUCGAAUACAAGUUGCGGAAAGAUCCGAAGUUGAAAAAGGUACAAGGUGCGAAAAAGGUACGAGGUACGAAAAAGGUGAACGCACCUUGAUAUUGGAAAUAGAGAAAUUAACCUUGAUAUUGGAAAUAGAGGACCUAAAGCUCCGUAAGUACAUAGCUGUUUAUACAUUGAAGUCCGUAGAAUUGAAUGUUACUGAUACGGUUACUUGUAUUAAUCAUUUUGUUUAAUUAACGUGUAUUUCUUUGCUCGCCGGCUUAAAACGAAUUAAAUAUUGUGGCAAAUUAACAGUUUUAUACAAAGUAUUUAACUUUGCUUCAAGAAACUCUUUGUUAGAGUACUUUUAUGGAAAUAUAAAAUUCUUAUAAAAAUAUAACAUAAAAUAUAAGUUAUUACUAAAAUUAUAUGAAAUAAUUAUUUUUGAAUGUUUUGAAUCUUUUUUCGAUAUUUGAACGUAUUUCUUUACUAAUUGUAAAAGGAUUUAUCCCAUUUAAAGAUAUAUCGGCCCAUACAUUAUAAAUUCUUUAUCUACUUCUUGAAUGUCAUCCUUCUUUGGCCAUCUAAACUCAUUUAAAUUAGCAGAUAAAAAUUUAAUUUUACAUGUAUUUUUUUCUAUACGUAACACUCUUGAACGCGAGACAGGAAGAAUUGGAAAACUUUUUACCAGUUUUUCCAUUGAAAACGCUAAAUGAUUGGCAUGAAUUUGAGACAUUAUUGUCAAACAACGCUGCUGCGCGUGAACAGCUUGAGAAAAUGUUUUCCACUCGUGGGGGAAAAAAUGGUGCUGAGCAUAUUCGACGAAUAUUACGAGCCGUGUUUUCGCCUUGUGUAGCAACAAAAAUAUCCUGGCAAGGACUCAAAAAGAAUGAAAAGUUCAACGGAACUUUCGUUUUACGUGCAUUAUUUAUUUCUGCAAAGCAGCAUUUCAAUAUUGACGAUAGGAAUGUGGAGUUAACCAUAAUUAACUGGUUCCGCCGUUCGUCUGAGAGGAUAAAAAACCCAGAAGACAAUAUCUGAAUGUAUAUUAUAUACCUACCUGAUAAAAUAAAACUUAAUUGUUUGUUUUUCUUCUCCUUUAUAUAUAUAUAUAUAUAUAAAAUAUGUCAAAGUGAA